AUGAGCUCUCAAGCACUGUUCUCUCCCAUCAAAAUUGGUGCCAACACACUCAAGCACCGUGUCGUGCUUCCACCAUUGACCCGUCUUCGUGCUACUCCUGAGCACGUUCCUAGCGAUCUCCAGGUUGAAUACUACACUCAGCGUGCUACUGACGGCGGUUUGAUGAUUACUGAAGGCACCAUGAUCUCUCCUACUGCUGGAGCGUAUCCUCAAAUCCCUGGCAUCUUUAACAAGGAACAAAUCGAAGGCUGGAAAAAAGUGACAUCUGCUGUUCAUGCGAAAGGUGCUGUCAUUUUCCAACAAAUAUGGCACAUUGGCCGAGUAGGAUCCAAGUAUCUCAAUCUCCAUCACGAGCCCGUUGUAGACCCUUCCGCCACUCCUUGUCCAGGCAAGACGAUGCAAGGUACUGAUUAUGAAGUACCUCAUGCUCUUACGGUGGAUGAAAUCAAGUCUAUCGUGAGUGAUUAUGCUCAAGCUGCCAAGAAUGCUAUUGAAGCUGGUUUCGAUGGUGUUGAGAUCCAUGGUGCCAAUGGUUACCUUGUCGAUCAAUUCAUCAACACAUCAAGCAACAACCGUACUGACAGUUAUGGUGGGUCUGCUGAAAACCGCGGUCGAUUUGCCUUGGAGGUGGUGGAUGCUGUUGCUGCUGCUGUGGGUGAGGAACGCACUGCUAUUCGUUUCUCUCCUGGAGGUGCUUUUCAAGGCAUGGCUACUGAGAAUGUGGAAGAGACAUGGGGCUACUUGACAUCAGAGUUGCAAAAGAACCAUCCUGGUUUAGCCUACUUGCACAUGGUAGAGGGUAGAACAAAUUUCAAUGACACAGAUCAAGUAAAUACGACAGACAUCCUAGAGAGCUAUCGUCAGAUCUGGCGAGGACCUUUUAUCAGCGCUGGUGGUUUCUCUACUUCUCUUGAGUUUGGUCGUGAGAUUGCUGAAAAGACGGGUAAUUUGAUUGCAUAUGGCCGUGCUUUUGUUGCUAAUCCUGAUCUCCCUGAACGUCUUCGUAAUGGUUGGGAGCUGAAUCCUUAUCACAGAAAUACUUUUUACACGCAUGAAGCAGAAGGUUAUAUUGAUUAUCCAUUUUACAAUAAAUAG